CGAUACACUUCUUUGUAUAAAUAAACAUUUCCCAUAUUCAUCAUCUUCAUCAAACUUCAUAAUUACCCUGCACAAGCAUCUCAAUCUCAUUUCCUCUUCUCUAUUCACAAUCCUUCUGAGAAAAAGAUGCCAACACGAUCAUCCGGCCCAAUCUCCCAAGACUGGGAACCCGUAGUCCUUCAUAAAACCCGCCCAAAAACCCAAGACCUCCGAGACCCAAAAGCGAUCAACAAAGCUUUACGUUCAGGCAUACCUGUAGAAACCGUCAAAAAAGCCGUUGCAGGGACUAAUAAGAAAGCCUCUGCGACAGUCGUAAAUGCCCGAAAACUCGACGAAGAGACAGAGCCGGCAGCUCUAGCUAAAGUUGCUCCUGAAAUCCGACUUGCGAUCCAGAAAGCGAGGAUCGACAAGAAAAUGAGCCAAGCUGAGCUUGCGAAGCAGAUCAAUGAAAGACCACAAGUAGUUCAAGAAUAUGAGAAUGGGAAAGCUGUUCCUAAUCAAAUGGUUCUUGCUAAAAUGGAAAAAGUGCUUGGUGUUAAACUUAGAGGAAAAGUUGGGAAAUGAUCAACUCUUCAAUGUUAUUUCACUGGUUUUAUAGAUUACAUUUGGUGGAUUUGGGAUAUAUAAAUAAUGGGUUGAUCUUUUGUUUUUAUCUAUUGAGCGUUGCUAGUAAGUGUAAUGUUGUGAUUUGGAAGAAAUGAAAUGAAAAUUUAAACUUUGAUUUAUUUUUUUUCAACUUUGUUCAUGAUUGAAUUUAUUUGUUUUUGGAG